GAUGCACUUGUCCCGCCUGCCGGUGCCACUGCCCGCAGUGGCCCGAUCGUGUGUACGGUCACUCGUAUAAAGCCACCUGCAGCCACCUGCCUGUCUUUACACAGCCCUUCAACGUUCCGAACCAUGUCCACCGGCUCAGAAACGACGCCCCUGCUCCCCACGCAAAAUGGCAACGGUAACGCCCAGUCGCCGUCGUUCACCCAUCGUGCCACAGAGUUCCUCAAAGCAGAGGGCCAGCCCAGCUGGCUUGCUUCGUACCGAUUCUUCUUCUUUGGCUCUUGGCUUAAUGUUCUCCUCGUGUUCAUUCCCCUGAGCUUCCUCGCGGAGCACUUGCACUGGGACGCCGCGUUACGCUUCGCGUUCAGUUUCAUAGCAAUCAUGCCUCUGGCAGCGCUGCUGGGGACCGCGACGGAUCAAAUGUCACUAAAGUUGGGUCAGACACUGUCCGGUCUGUUGAAUGCCUCUUUCGGGAACGCCGUUGAGAUUAUUGUCGGCGUUGCUGCCCUUCUGCAAAAUGAACUGCGAAUUGUACAGACUUCGAUGCUGGGUUCGAUCCUGUCGAACCUCCUCCUGGUAUUGGGAUGCUCUUUCUUCGCAGGUGGCCUGAAAUACUCAGAAAGUAGCUUUCAUCAAACGGCCGCUCAAGCCUCGAGCUCGCUCAUGACUUUGGCAUGCAUCACCCUCGUCAUCCCCGCCGCAUACCACAGCGCACAAUCGCACGCUGGGAACUCGACGACCCUGGUAAAUUCGAUCGCCAACGCUGUUGUCGACGGCACAGAUCUCGACACGGCGUCUGAGCGUGGCCUGCUUCUCAUCUCGCGCGGGACGGCGUUGCUUCUGUUGGUCGUAUAUGUCGGCUACCUCUUCUUCCAGCUCAAGACACAUGCGUACCUAUUUACGGAGGACGAGGGCGAGGUGGAAGCACAGUUGAUGAACGUCCCUGCUGCUGGGUCCGCUCUUCUGCUUGUCACCGUCAUUACAUCAUUCUGCGCCGAUUACCUGGUUGCUUCGAUCGAGGAGGUCGCCACCCGCUAUGGCAUCUCGAAGCCAUUCAUCGGUGUGAUACUGCUUCCCAUCGUAGCCAACGCAGCCGAACAUGUCACCUCGAUCUGGAUGGCUCGUAAGAACAAGAUGGCUCUGACGAUUGGGAUCUGUGUGGGCAGCUCGAUCCAAAUCUCGGCCUUUGUGGUUCCGCUUCUUGUGAUCGUAGGCUGGAUGACUGGCCACAACCUAACGCUCUUUUUCUCCAAUUUUGAGACGAUUGUGCUCUUCGUGUCUGUGCUUCUGGUGCAGUUCCUCAUUCAAGACGGUAAAUCAAACUACAUGGAAGGCAUGAUGCUCAUGACCUUGUACCUUGUCAUCGCUAUCUCUUUCUGGGUCUCACAGUGAAGGCGGCAAGAUUGGUCCGCUGCGCCAAAAGUAGACGACACAUGUUGGUCACCACGCACGUACCAUACUGUUCUGUACUGUAUUAUCAUCGUACUGCGAUACCCCGAAUAUUGUCGAUCCUUCCGCCUCUCCGAAUUGGACGUUCGCUCUAUUUAUUAUAGUGCAGUGCUCGUUGUUCACUGUAUCCGUAGUCUUGGCAUUUACGCGAGUAGGAAGUCGACGACCUCUUGUUGCACAUUUAGUGACAUCAAUGUACGCGCCUCGUUACUCUGCGCAAUAAAAGACGCGGAUAAACAUCUCUUGGACGGACUUGUGACUGCUCAUUUACUGUA